AUGUUAGACGCGAAACCUGGCGUGGAGCAGUGGGUGCGGCGUCUGGCAGCGCAAGCAGCGCUAGAUGAAAGAACUGUAGACGAAGCGCUGCAACUGGUUGAACAAGUUCGUUUCCCUGAAGACGAGGCCAGCUGGGCAGCAUGUGCGCUUCUAGUGGCGGUACAGAGUCCUGAGACGGCUGGACACGUGCUCGGGGCGUUUCUCCGCUGUGCCGACGUUACACCGCAACCUAGUCCGAAAGGCAGAGGUAACUGUAUUAGCGACUUUUUCGAGCGGGCGAAGAUGAUCUCACCCACUGCUCAGCGCAUGGAGCAGCUCCUCGUGGUUAUUGCGAACGUCCACCGCAAGUUUGUGGAACUUUAUCAAGGCGACAUUUUCGACGAGGAACGGGCCUGGAUAUGUUUUCUCACGGCUCUCGCGCUGUUGGCGUCACGAGGCGGCCCGCUGGGCGAGCUUCCUGACCUCGUGAGUGCCUACCAUCUAAUGGUCGCUGUCAUCCGCCGGUUGCAACUGAAGAUGCUUAAGCAGCCAGAUAUCCUCGAGGAAGAUGUCGAGCGAUACUUGGCACGACUCGAAACGACGAUGAUCCCAUGGGAUGACACGAGCGGCAUGCAGGACCUCUACAACAGCGUCUUUGUCGGCCGCCUCGGGUUUGACGGCCGCAUUCUACUGCAAGCACACCAUCUGGGACAAAUGUUGUGCGAAAUGCAUAAGUUUCCUGCCAAGGACGCAGCACCCACUUUGGUUCAGAGAGUGAGACCGGAGCGGUGCGUCCCGCGCUUCUCACGCGUUAUCAGCGAAACGCUAUCAUCGCUUCGUGCAAAACGGCAGCGUAUGGAGUCGACACCAUUAUCGUCGUCGUCGUCAUCGUCGUCGUCGAUGGCGGUGAAACCAUCUCUGCACGCCGAACAGGUGCCACCUGCCCGUGGCGCAUCGGCUGAGGAUGAGCAGCAUUCAUCUACGGCACCAGGUCCGAAAAGCACCGCUUUGAUAUAUAAUGAUGCUGAAACGCCGAUGCCCUCUACUCAGUGCGUAUACCCGGAUCAAAAGGACUCCGCCGAUGCUGUUUUUGAUGAGCUGGCAGCGGCCGCGGCGCUCCAGAACCUGGCUCGCCCGCGAGAAGCAGAUUCCGCGGGCGGCAAAGUUGCUGCUGCCCUUCGGACACCGCAGCGAGCUGCACUCUCUACGCAGAACCCCAACCGAGUGCCGCCACCCUCGCCACGUCGCACCCCGAUUCGGGGCGGUAUUGCCUCUGUUCGUUGGGUGCGCGCUAUAACCGCCCUUGCUUCUCGAGUUUGUGAUAAUCUCCGGGAAACUUACGGUGGACUUGGAGUCGACCCCUUGGGUUUCGCGAAUUCGGCAACUGGGUAUCUGCUCCAGAGCUUUACGGAGCGAUUUCAUCCCGAAACUGCAGAGCAGCGUAUCGGGGAAGUCAUGGCAGUGUACUGGUACGCACUGGAAAGCAUUUUGAACGCUGAGACGCAACGCAUGAACGGCUCGACAGACUUUGUGCCGAAACUACUUGCGCUGCAACCUUUUCACAAGGCGCUGCUCCUGUGUGCCGUCGAGACGGUGUGCGCAUCAUACGGCAUCCGAGACGAAAUCCACUUUGAGCACCUGCUGGAGUCGCUGAAGCUCUCGCCGUUCGAUUUCAUCAAAAUCAUUGGCGCCUACGUGCUCAAUGUGGAGAAUCUCCCGCCCCAGGCGAAACGUCGUCUUGCAGCCUGCCAGGAGUGCGUGCUCUGCGUGCUGGCCUGGCAGUCGGACUCGUUACUCGUACGCGCACUUCGCACGGGCGACAUGAGCUCCAUACCAACAGCGGCAUUGGAUUUGUUCUUUGACAAGCUGCUGAUGCAAGCGGAUUAUCGCAUCCUGAACGUCUGUGCUCGCCUCGGCAUCUGCGAAGAAGCGUUUGAAAAUCGGGUGUGGUCGAUUUUCAAACUGGCGCUCACGGAGCAAUGGGAGCUCUUCAUCGGGCGCCAUCUUGAUACAGUUCUACUUUGCUGCUUCUAUGGAGCAGCGAAGACGCAGCGUUCCCUGCAGUUCAAAUUUGUGGAUAUCAUUCGAGCGUAUCGGGCAGUUGUUGCGGACUCUGAAUGCAUCCGACUGAGUGACUCGCUGCAGACAGUGUAUCGGGAUCUUGCCUUGGACGAUGGUGGACGUGGCGACAUUAUUGCCUUUUACAACCUUAUUUUUGUUCCACAUAUGAAGCGCUACCUGUUGGGACAAACUACUCCAGAGGGUCCAGCCGCUGCUCUCUCAAUGAGCAGUACACCCGAAAGGCGCCGUGAAUCCGAAUCUGAACUCGAUGCACAUCAUGUGAAUGCUCCGCACGCGUCACCCGUAUCUUCUCCUGGCUUGGGACCGCGUAUCGUGGACAAGAUCAUUUCGUCGCCGCUGCGUCUACCACGAAUACGUAGCCAGUCCGGAGUGGUUAGCCUUCGCGCGAGUCCCGCAACGAGCCCGCGAAAUACAUUCCCAGUUUGGACGCUGCCGACGUAUUCUCCGCAGUCUACGCUAACGCCCCUUGCGUCCUCGCGACGAGCGGCGCUUCUGGCAGCGAGAUUGCCUCCGAACGCGUCGCCACAGUUCCAGGCCCCACGGCCCGAGGGCAGCCCCAGCACUCGAACCCAAGCGGCGGCGGCAGAGGCGGAAACGCAGGCGGAGGCAGCGCCUGCGUCACCGCACCAGCCGUUGGCCGAGCAGCGCAUCACAUCCCCGCCUGGACGCCGGAAACUUGUCUUUUUCUAA